GCCAAAAAAGGGUUUUGGUGUGUGCUCUCUGCAUCUGCAUCUGCAUCUUGGAGAGAGAGAGAGAGAGAGGGGCAUUAGAAAGUGAUGUCAUACGACGAGUCGUUUUAAAUGAAUUUGCUCCAUACACAGACAUGCAAAUGGGGUUUAGCUGGGCGAGGCCAAUUCCAUGCAUUCCUCGCCUCCACAUUUCUUAAACCUUCUUCCUCUUCUCCCUUCUCUCUCCAUCACUCACAUUCCUCAUAUUCAUCUUCUCUGAUCUCUCUCUCUGGGUGUCAGCCGCCAUGAAGAGACCUCCGUGCUGCGACAAGUUGAACGUGAAGAGAGGCCUCUGGACGGCCGAAGAAGAUGCGAAGAUCCUCGCAUACGUGUCGACUCACGGGACUGGCAACUGGACUUUGGUUCCUAAGAAAGCUGGGUUGAACAGAUGCGGAAAGAGCUGUAGGCUUCGGUGGACUAAUUAUCUGAGGCCUGACCUUAAGCAUGAUGGCUUUUCCCCUGAAGAAGAAGAUCUCAUCAUCAACCUCCACAAAAUCUUUGGAAGCAGAUGGUCUCUAAUUGCUAAACAUCUGCCCGGAAGAACAGACAACGAUGUCAAGAACUACUGGAACACCAAGCUCAAGAAGAAGCUCCAAAAGAUGGGAAUUGAUCCUCUAACCCACAAGCCUUUCUCUCAGAUCUUCUCCGACUUUGAGAGCAUGAGCGGCCGCCCAAACGCCCGGCAUCACCAAAUCUUGCCUGCGCCGUCAUGCUUGACUCAGGUCCCUGCAGGCUCCGACUCUCGCGUGGAUUUGAUCAUGAAGCCCGUGAUGGAGCAAGUUCAUGAGAAUUUCACCGCCGAAAAUCACCUCUCGUGGCCUCAGUACCAGGUGAUAAACCAAGAAGUUAUGCAGCUGCAACAAUAUCAAUAUGUAUUGAGCGAGGUCACGUCUUCUUGUUCCUCCUCGUCCUCUCCUACUCUGACGCAACUUAACACGCAACAGUCAGAUGGUCCGCUGCUUCCUUCGCCCUUUAUUGCCUGGACCGGCGAUUCGAUUUCGCAUCAGCCAUUUCCCACUGGCAAUGUCUUGCAGAAGUGCGAAGGAGACUUGCAGGACAUAGUGUCUUCAUCAUCCAUCGACUAUGCGAGCGAUAUGGCAAAACAAGCACUCCCCAACACGCCUGUUGAUACAAUGGCUUGUGAAAAUGAAGCGAAAUGGGGCAAACCCGGAUAUUUGUGCGAGGGAGCGCAAGCAUUGGAAAGCCAUUUCGGGCAGGGUUCAUCCUGUUUCGGCUCUUUCACGGAUGCUAUCUUGGCCAUGGACAGCAAGAUGAGGUCGGAGUUAUUUCCAGAAUUUUUAGAUGGACUUCUAGAUUACUGAUGAAACCCCUUAUGCUGUUCGGUGGUGGUGGUGGUGGUAUAGAUUAGUAUGCGUGAAUGACAAUAGUUUCUUAUCGUUAGGGAAGUCUGGCGAGAAGUUUGUCACUGGUUUGCUAAUGUUUAUUACAUCACCGUAGUUAAUAACAUGUCAUGCUUUCCCGUGCUAUCAAAUUUCGUUUUAAGAGCCAGACCAACUCUAAGCAACCCCAUUGGCCUAAGCACUUUAGCUCAUAAUGACAUAAUGGCCAAGUUAGAAAGCCGAAAAAGAGACGCCACCGUGUGAUUGAGCUCUUGGGACCUAGGAGAGAGCAUCAGAGAAUUGUUAUAUGGCUCGGCCGGAAAGACAUUUGCAUGGGAGGUCGUGGUAUCAACGCUGAACCGGGUCAAUCACACACCUCAAUUCUCGACAAGGAUAUUGUAGAGCAAGUCUUCAGAGAAGCAUCGAAUCCGAAUAAAGCAAUCAAGGAGCCCGAUGUGCUCUGG